UAUUAUGGACUAGAUUAGGAUAUAUUUGAUAUAUUCUAAUACUAAGUAAGACAGUUCAAGUGUGAAUUACUUAGUCGUAAUUGUUGACUCAAGUGUGAAUUCCUUAGUCGUAAUUGUUGACUAAGGAAGACAAGACAAUUUAGAAUUGUCUUCUUCGCUUAUAAAUAAGGAAGCUUGGUCUUACGAAUAACAUACGAAAACAUACGAAAACAUUAGCUUAGAGCUUUUGGUUUGCAAACACUAAGAGAGCACUAUAGUUUCAAUCGGAGAUUUCCUAGCUGUCAACGAUUGAAUCGUGCACUUGGAAUAGUUCCUGCAUCGAAUCGACAUACACGUGGAUACCUUAGUAGUGGAUUCACGGCACGAAUCGAGACGCACAUUUACCACAUAACAAAUAAUAUGUCGAAUUUGUCAUUGAAAUGUUUGAUGGAAACAAAUAAGUUGACUGGGUCAAACUUCACGGAUUGGCUCCGUUGCUUGCGUCUGGUCUUAAGGCUAGAAAAGAUUGAGUAUGUCUUGGACAACCCAAUCACUGUCAUUCCUGACAAGAAGUCUGCUGAGUAUGCAUCAUUUGAUGAGGCUGCUCACAAGAAGCAUGUCGAGGAUGCAACAUCGGCACAAUGUGUGAUGCUGUCCUCUAUGACUACGGAGUUACAGAGGCAACACGAACACAUGUUCCCUUAUGAUAUGCUGAAACACUUGAAGAGUCUGUAUGCUUCAGAAGCUCAGACUAUGGAGUAUGAGAUACUCCGAGAUCUUUUCAAGUGUAAGCUUCAUGAUGGGGGUCAGGUUUCUGAUCAUGUACUGAAGAUGAUCGGGUUGAUUGAGAGGUUGGCAUCGAUUGGAACGAUGCUACCCGCUAUUGUCUUUGUCAAUCUGAUUCUGCAGUCUUUGCCUGCCUCAUUUGAAAACUUCAUAGUGAACUUCAAUAUGAACGGCACGAAGGAAGUACAAGCAGAAGAAAAAGCAGAAGAAGGCAUUUGA